AUGCUGUCCAUUGCAGCUCGUCGAUUACCAGCUGCGGCUAUCACGCGUCGCGCUGCUAUUAUUACAGUUCAUCAUCGAGUUCCUCGUGUUGCAGGCUCUGCGUUGCAAUCUCGCACGUUCCUUGGUGGUCUUCGUGAUUUUCUCUUUGGUGUAAAGAAGCCGUCAGCCGAAGAGGAAGAGACUGGCAAAUUGCUCCAGACGCAAGAGUCAUCAGAGUCCAAGUCGCAUGAGAAACAGACGAAGCAGUACAAGGAGGACACUAUUCCUGUGACUGGUAGCUUGGACGCAACGUCUUAUAGUGUAGGCAAGCUCGCCAAGCUUGCAGACGGGGCCGUGCUGGCGUCUUGUGGUCGCACUGUACUGCUCACGACGGUCGUAAGUGGUGAUUCCAAUGGCAACCCACUGGCCAAUGGAUCAGCUGCUCAGCGUGAUUUUUUGCCGCUCACGGUGGACUUUCGAGUCAAGUCACACGCUGUUGGUCUUAUUCCGGACAAUCAGAAACGUCGAGAGUUUACUGGAAGCGAGGAGGAAGUGCUGCAAUCGCGUGUCGUGGAUCGUGCGAUCCGCCCGUUGUUUCCACGUGACUACUGUGAAGAAACGCAGCUGCUGGCGACAGUGCAGUCGUACGACCCCAACAACGACCCGCUGGUGGUGGCUGUCAACUCGGCCUCGGCAGUGCUGAGCGUGUCGGACAUUCCGUGGAAUGGACCAGUUGGCUGCGUGCGUGUCGUUGAAGUCGAUGGCCAGUUGGUGGUCAACCCUACUGCUCCGCAGCGCGAUGCCGCUACACUUAAUGUGCUCUAUGCCGGUACAGCCGAACGUGUUAUCAUGGUGGAAGCCUCGGGUGACGAGGUGAAUGAAAUGCGCUUGGAUGAGGCGCUAGAUUUGGCGCAGGUGCAUGUACGACUAGCAAUUAAAGAGCAGAAGCAAUUUGCUCGAGAGCACGGAAAGCCGAAGCGUGUAUACUCACCACUGUUUGUUGCGCCGGAAGUUUGGGCCAAGGCAGAGGAGCUCGGUCGUAAAGACGCAGAGGCAUUCAUUGCAAGUGGUCGCGUUGGUAAACUUGAUCGCCAACAAGGAGAACGUGAAGUAUACGGCAAGAUGCUGAAUGGCAUGCGUCAACACUUUGCCAGCGCAUCUCCUCCUGUAAAUGAUGCUGCUAUUCAACGCGCUGCGCAUGACACGUUCCAGCGUGUGCUGCGUGAACGUAUCUUGACAGUUGCGAAGGAAACGAAGGGUUCGAAGAACAGGCACGUGCGAGCCGAUGGUCGUCCGGUUCGAAUCGUUCGUCCGCUUGAGAUGGACACUGGCGCGCUGCCGAUGGCCCACGGGUCGUCUGUGUUCGCUCGUGGCGAAACGCAGACUCUAUGUUCCGUGACGCUGGGACCUCUAGAGCGUGGUCUUCGUCUCCGUGGUGCACUCCAUGAAGCGCGUGAACAGGCUGAGCCUCAUGCUCCUAUGCCGCUAAAAAAUGCCAUGCUACACUACGAGUUCCCGCCGUUUUGUGUAAAUGAAACCGGUCGCGUGGGUGGCACUAAUCGACGCAUGAUCGGCCACGGCGCUCUGGCCGAGAAGGCAAUUCUGCCUAUUUUGCCGUCUAUCACUGAGUUUCCAUAUACUAUUCGCAUGACGUCAGAGGUGGUAGGCUCGGACGGAUCGUCGUCUAUGGCAACAGUAUGUGGCGUGUCGCUAGCGCUUAUGGACGCUGGUGUUCCUGUUCGCCGUGCAGUCGCAGGUAUUGCCAUAGGUCUUGUUACUGCCGGCGACCCGUUUGCUGGUCAGGAAAAGCGCAUUGAAGAGGGCGAUUACCAGUUGUUGACCGAUAUUCUAGGAUCUGAGGACCACUAUGGAGAUAUGGACUUUAAAGUGGCAGGCACUACAUCUGGUGUGACGGCAUUGCAGCUGGAUGUAAAGCUUCCUGGUGGCGUUCCGCUUCAUGUGUUGAAAGAGGGACUGCGCGAAGCCAAGCAGGCGCGUUUGCAUGUGCUGCGCCGAAUGGGCAUCGAACUCGCUGAACCACGCAAGACUCUAAAAAGUAGUGGCAGCUCGUUGCCGAAUGUGAGCAUCGAGUGCGUCAUUGCCACGAACUUGAUUGGUGCGCUGAUCGGUGUUGGAGGUAGCAACAUCCGUGACCUGGAAUCGCGAUUCAACGUCUCUGUAAGCAUCGUAGAUCGCCGUGAAGGCAUUGUGCAAGUCGUGGGGUCAGCUGAAGACGCUGACAAAGCCCGCGAGUGGCUGCGCACUGAACUGACUGAAGUUGCGAAAGCUGGUCCUCGUGGCAAUAGCCACAACAACAACAACAACGAUAGCGACUCUAACAAGAGCUGGUCAAACUUUUUCCGCAAAGGUGAGCGCUACACGAUGCGUGUGACGCAGGUCAUGGAUUUUGGCGCUAUCCUCGAGUCUUCUACUGGCCAGCGUGGUUUUGUGCAUAUCUCGGAGCUCUCGCGCGAUAAGAUCAGCAAUAUCCAGAACGUAGUGUCAGAAGGACAAGAGAUGGAGUUUGAGUGUCUGCAGGACGGUGUUCCAGGUAAAAUGUCUCGUCGAGUUCUAUUGAGUGCAGAAGGAAGCGAGAGCGCCUCGACAACUUCAGAGACGCCAGUGUCCCAAAACAACAAGCCCCAGUCCCGUCGAUCGUCAAAUUUGUCACGCCGACCCAAGACCGCUCGCCGCCCGCGUUCUCCGUCUAAUUAG